UCGCUGCGAAGUCUCACGUGUUGGAUAAGUGGAGGGAAUUGAGAAGUCGGACCCAAAAGAUUAAUCAAAGAUACAACAUUAUGGCCAGCGAUUCUGGCAGCGAUUACGAGGUAGAGUCCUUCAUCAACCCCAAACGGGUGCGACGGACAGUCAAUGACGACAGUGCCGACCUGCUGGGCAACUUCGACGACCAGAAGCGCAAGGAAAUCUUUGAGGGCACUUAUGUGGAUAAGGAGGACGGCCGGAAUCCCAGUGAUUCGGAGGGCAGCGAUAGCGAGGAGAAAGAAAGGUCAGAUGGAGAAGGAUCAGCGGAAAGCGGUGUUGCUUCUGAAGAGGAGGGAGAUGCGGCGGAAAACGGCCAGAUUACAACUGCACAAUUAGGCUCCUUGCUGCGGGGAGCCUCUAAAACCAACAGACACGUUCUGUACGUGACGAACCUAAACUUUGAGACCACAAAAGACGACCUGGAGCUGCACUUUUCAGCGGCGGGCACAGUCAAAUCAAUCCGCAUCCCCAAAAAGCGGCGAGGGGGCUUCGCCUUCGUGGAGAUGACCGACCUGCCCAGUUUUCAAAAGGCCUUUCAGCUACAUAAUACAGAGUUGCAGGGCCGCAACAUUAAGGUACAAAUAUCUGAGGCGGGCAAGAAGAAGUCGGCCAACAAAAAGAAUAUCAUUAAACAGAAGAACCGGAAGCUGGCAGAGAUGCGAAACGAGCAAAAAACCUUCACUAAGAGCGGCAAGUUUUACGACAAGGACCUAAAGAAGGAAAAGGCCAAGGAGAUGCUGGCACGCAAGAGGUGGCGCAAGAAGCCUGCUCCCAGGCCCACAUAAAUAGUUUCAAUUCUUAAAAUGUAAGCCAACUUAUUAUUAUUAAACACGAAUUACAAGCUACAACAACCGA